UUGAACAAAAUGGACCCCACUAGUUUAUCGAAGAGAGGCAUUAUUGUUUAUCUCGAUUUUCAUCGACGUGUAACAUCAUCACAAGACCAGGUCUCAUGUUACUUACACGCUAUUACAGUCCGGGGGCAUUAAAUUUAUUUUAUACCGAACAUGGCUGAUCUUUCGGCGUCCACUACAAGACGAGGCGGUGAAGAUUUACCUGAACAUGGUCUCAAUUCGGACGAUUUAGCAGAAAUCCGUCAAACCUGGGACGCGGAAGAGAGCGAGGUGGAAGAAUUUGUAGCCAAUGAGUCCAAAGGUCGUCGUCAAAAUCUCUCUUCGUUGAUUUCAGGAAACGCGAGCGUUUCCUCGAGCCAUGGAAUUCCAACGUACUCGUUGUACACAGUGCAAGUUGCAAAGAGUAUCUGCCUAUUUGUUUGCUUUUUUGGAUUGGGAAUAUCUGUGGCCAUUUUGGGGCCCACUUUGAUAGAACUAGCAUGUCAAGCUCAAACAGAAUUGGCAGAAAUGUCAUUUGUGUUUACCGCACGGGCCAUUGGCUAUCUGAUAGGAAGUAUUGUUGGUGGUUGGUUAUUUGACAAGUACAAUGGACAUUUGGUUUUAUCACUGUCGUGUGUUUGGGCAGCUGUGAUGAUGUGGGCCCUGCCUUAUGUCACCAGUCUCAUUGGUCUUCUUCUUGUUGUGGUAUUCAUGGGCUUAGCCCUUGGAUCAGUGGACACUGGUGGCAAUGUCCUCUUACUGAACACGUGGGGUAAGAAGUCAAGGCCUUACAUGCAAGCUUUACAUUUUGUAUUUGCCCUAGGGGCAUUUGUAGCCCCGCUCAUAGUACAACCCUUUCUUGAAGAUGGAAUCACGAGCCCAAACAUUCCCACAAACGCAAGUAACGACACGAGCAGCACGACCAGUAGCAUAAGUGACAGUCCGGUUUGCAGUAAUCACACUGGCGAGAACCCAAUGCCUGUUACGUGGGCCUUCUGGCUCGGCUCCAUUCCACUUGUUGCAACUGGUGUUGGAUUCAUGGCUUUUGUUGUGGUUAGAGCUUGCCAUGUACAGAGUAUACAAACUCAAAAUGAAGAGACGUCUAAAACCAACGAGGGUAGUCUUACGUACAAAGUGGUCAUUCUGUCGCUGUUUUCAGCUUUUCUCUUGCUCUAUGUGGGCUUGGAAGACGCCUUUGGGGGCUACAUUUUCACGUUUGGCGUAAAAAGCCGACCAAAGUUGUCCGACGACAAAGCCGCGUUCCUUACGUCCGCGUUCUGGGGAAGCUUUGCGUUAGCCCGGCUGGUAUCUGUACCUCUAGCAAGGUACAUGAGACCCUCGAAGAUGAUAUGUAUUGACAUGGUUGGCUGCUUCAUAGGAUCAGCAGUGCUGGUCUCGCAAUUCGCCCAUGGCCAGUGUGACAGAUCCGAUCCCACAAAGCUAUGGAUAGGAACAAUUAUUUUAGGCGUUUCUAUGGCAUCAAUCUUUCCUUCGGCUUUAAACUUUGCAGAGUAUUUUGUAACAGUUUCGGGAAAAAUAGCUUCUGUUCUUUUAGUUGCUUCAAGUUCUGGGGGCAUGCUUGUUCCUUUAGCAGUGGGGCACACGAUUGUUGAAUCGUCUGUAGGACCAUGUUCUCUGAUGGCAUGCUCUGUCAUAAUCAGCGUAUUGACAUUUGUGAUAUUUUGGUUGAUUAAGGGAGCCGGUCGUUAUUUUAAACGUCACGGGGAUGGUUUUGUGGGGAUGCGUUAUCAAGCGAAGAAGAAAAGGGCCGAAGAGGAAAGCAAACGCCAGCCCGACGAGGUUUUGCAACUUCUGGAAGAGAACAAUGAGAGAUUCAAUGGAAGUCAGGAAAGGGAAACUUAGAACUUCUAAUUUACAAUGUGCAGUUUUUUAAAGUAAUAUUUAAACAACCUUUCAAUUGUGUCGAAAAAAGCAACCGAACGACAGGAAUCAAAAUAAGUUAUAUAAAAAAGUUAACAUCACCAUAGGCCAACGAGAACUCAAAGUAACUUUAUGUGAAUCGCCUCAACAGCGCGUAAUUGAUUUUCGCAGCUGUUUCAGUUUUAUUUCGCUUGGUUGAGAUAGUUUCUGUGAGUUCCCUGGACGAAUUAAAGCGCGCAGCGGGGCAAACGCAGUGCCAUCUGGGAAAAAUUUAGACAUUGAGCGUUAACAUUUCUCGACGCUUUGAAGAGUUUCAAAUUUGGCGAGGUGCAAAGUCUGUUUUCUGGCGAGGUGCAAAGCAUCUUUGACAAGUUUCAAAGUUCGUAUACGUGGAAAUACGACUUUACACAUUGGUUUCAAUGAGUAACACCAAAGUCACCUUUUCGUCGUUCUUUUUGUUGUAAAUCAGUGUAUUCUGGUAAGAGUCGAACGAGAUUACAACUCAGUUACUCUCCAAUCAGAAGAGAUUAUUAGUUUAUUAAGCACUUAUUACUGCGAAAUAAAUAAUUCAAUACGGUAACUAAUGGUAUCUCGUUCGAGUUAUUUACAAUAAUGUCACAAAUAAAACAGCUUCAAAAUGA